UUCGUCAGGCAGCUGGCAGAUGGCAAUAUGGCUGUAGCUUUCGAGUUUCGCUGGCAGUGCGCGGUGCUCGCAUCAUUUCCAGUACUGAAGUAGUAUUUCUGACGGCUCUAAAGAUUCGUUUUUUAAUUUUUUAGUGGUUAUUGUCUCUGUUUACCUUAAAUUAUCUAAUGUUUUGUGGCAAAAUUACUGUUUUUUCAUUUCCGUCGUCACCAGAAUUUAUUCGACGACAAAAUGGCGUCGCUUGACAAGAUUUUACUGCAAAAUAUUUUUUCGCAUUUUAUACGCUUAUCAUAAAAAUAUGCCGGAAAAAUUUAUUUCAAGUGUUUUCUUAACAAUUUUCUUGAUGAAUUAUUCAGUUUUUGUUCGUUUCGGUCGUUAAUUAUAUAAGAAACCGUGUAUUCCUUGAAUUUACUACAAAAUGCACCUGAUGGGAUUCAUGAAUGAAUCUGGAAGUGAUUCAAAUAGCGAUAAGGGUGAGAAGAGUGAUUCUAGUGGAUCAGGUUCCGGAAGUGAAAGUGAAAGCGGAUCUAGUUCAUCUGGUUCAGGAUCAGAAAGGUCUGGUUCUGAAAAAUCCUUGGACAGGUCCCAUCACAGUGAUGACACAAAAUCAUCACCAAAGCACAGCAAUGCUAACUCAUCAAAAUCUGAUCAUCAUACUGACAAAAACACAUCUGAUGAAGAUUCCCCAUCUAAAUCUAAAUCACGUAAUAGCAAGUUAAAAUCUGAUUUAUGGGAAGACAAUCCAGACAUAUAUGGAAUCAGGAGGUCGGCUAGGUCAAGAAAGGAACCAGAUAGACUAAAAUUAGCUGAUAGUGAUUCAAGUGAAAGGGGCAGGACCCACAGUAGAAAAAGUAGAAAAAAAAGUGCAUCAUGGAAUUCAGACUCGUCAGAUAGUGAUAGUGACUUGAAAGGUUCCCCACCUCCACCUUCGAAGAGACCAGGCCAAAGAAGUGUACCUCUCAGAAAAAGGAAACCAACACGAAGAAGAUUUUCUAGUGAUGAGGAUGAGAGUUCUGAAGGCAGUGAUGAUGAUACCAAAAGGACAGCAACGCGACGAACGGGUGCUGCAGUCAGUUACAAAGAAGCGAGUGAUGAACAAACCGACUCGUCUGAUCUUUUGGAAGUGGAAGGAGUGGAUGGUGAAGCCGAGGCUGAACCAGAACCGGAAGAUCAUAGUGAGACUAUUGAAAAAGUCUUAGGCGUUCGGCGAGGGAAGAAAGGAGUCACUGGAAAUGUGACUACACUUUACUAUAUAGAGGAGCAUGGAGACCCUAAUGAAGGCUGUAAUCCCGACGAUCCUGAAACCACUGAACCUCAGUACCUGAUCAAAUGGAAAGGCUGGUCCCAUAUACAUAAUACAUGGGAGUCUGAGAGGUCUCUAAACGAACAAAAGGUCAAAGGUCUUAAGAAAUUAGAAAACUAUAUCAAGAAAGAAGCUGACUUAUCGUGGUGGAGGCAGCAGGCAGGUCCUGAGGAUAUAGAUUACUUUGAAUGCCAAAACGAGUUGCAACAAGAAUUGGUGAAGACCUAUAACAAUGUGGAGAGGAUAAUAGCGGAACAAACACGGGAACUGGAAGGCGGCGGAACUGCUCACGAAUAUUUUUGCAAGUGGGAGUCGCUUCCGUAUGCUGAUGCUACCUGGGAAGAUGCCGUUUUAAUAGAAAAGAGAUGGCCACAGGAAGUGGAGCAUUUUAAAUACAGAGAAGCGGCGAAAACGACGCCUUCGAGACAUUGUCCUGUGUUGAGGAGAAGGCCGAAGUUUCAUCAUGUCAAAGAACAGCCAGAAUACAUGGGCAAAGAUGCUAGCUUUACAUUGAGAGAUUAUCAGAUGGAUGGAUUGAAUUGGUUAAUACAUUCCUGGUGUAAAGACAAUUCCGUUAUUCUUGCCGAUGAAAUGGGUUUAGGUAAAACUAUACAGACAAUUUGUUUCCUAUACUACCUCUUCAAAUCACAACAGCUUUAUGGACCAUUCCUAUGUGUCGUGCCUUUAAGUACAAUGACAGCGUGGCAAAGAGAGUUUGAGCAGUGGGCGCCUGAUAUUAACGUUGUGACUUAUAUUGGUGAUCUCUCCAGUAGAGAUAUUAUCAGACAAUUUGAAUGGAGUUUUGCAAGUUCGAAAAGACUGAAAUUCAAUGCCAUCUUAACCACUUAUGAGAUUCUACUUAAAGAUAGACAGUUCCUGAGGUCGUUUAGUUGGGCGUGUCUGUUGGUUGAUGAAGCUCAUAGGUUGAAGAACGAUGAUUCUUUAUUGUAUAAAGCACUCAAGGAAUUUGAUACCAAUCAUCGGUUAUUGGUGACUGGCACUCCAUUACAGAAUUCUCUGAAAGAAUUAUGGGCCUUAUUGCAUUUUAUUAUGCCUUACAAGUUUGAAUCUUGGGAAGAUUUUGAGAAGGAUCAUGAAGAUGCUGCCACCAAGGGUUAUGAAAAAUUGCACAAGCAAUUAGAACCUUUCAUAUUAAGGAGGCAGAAAAAGGAUGUAGAAAAGUCAUUACCUGCUAAAGUAGAACAAAUACUUAGGGUAGAAAUGACUUCAAUUCAAAAGCAAUAUUAUAAGUGGAUCCUAACCAAAAAUUAUAGUGCCCUCAGGAAGGGUGUGAAGGGGUCUAUAAACACAUUCAUUAAUAUAGUUAUUGAGUUAAAGAAGUGUUGUAACCAUGCCUUAUUAACCAAGCCUGAAGAUUUUGAAUCUAGGGCAUCACUUGCGACAACUGAUGCUGUAGAGAAAUUAUUGAGAGGUUCGGGAAAAUUACUCCUAUUAGAUAAGCUAUUAUGUAGGUUAAAAGAAACAGGUCACAGAGUCCUUAUAUUUUCUCAAAUGGUUAGAAUGUUGGACAUUUUAGCUGAAUAUUUACAAAGGAGACAUUUUCCAUUUCAACGUCUCGAUGGUAGUAUAAAAGGUGAAAUUAGGAAGCAAGCCUUAGAUCACUUCAAUGCUGAAGGAUCUACUGAUUUCUGCUUUCUUUUAUCGACACGUGCCGGCGGCCUGGGUAUCAACUUAGCCACUGCCGACACUGUAAUCAUAUUUGACUCUGAUUGGAAUCCACAAAAUGAUUUACAAGCUCAAGCACGAGCACAUCGUAUCGGACAAAAAAAUCAGGUUAACAUUUAUAGAUUAGUAACUGCUAGAUCUGUAGAAGAAGACAUUGUUGAAAGAGCAAAAAGAAAAAUGGUGCUUGAUCAUCUAGUUAUCCAGAGAAUGGACACUACUGGCCGGACGGUUCUCAACAAGCGAGAUGCGUCGGCAACCAGCGCUAACAAUCCAUUCAAUAAAGAAGAUUUGAAUGCGAUAUUGAAAUUUGGUGCUGAAGAGUUAUUCAAAGAUGAUGAUGAAAAUGAUGAGGAUCCUGUCUGUGAUAUUGACGAAAUCUUGCAACGAGCCGAGACUCGUGAUGAGGGUCCCUCUAUGGCGGGUGAUGAAUUGCUCUCAGCAUUCAAAGUAGCCAGUUUUGCCUUUGAUGAAGAUAAAGCUGUAAUGGAAGUCAAAAAGGAAAAUGCAGAAGAGGAGAGCAAAGAUUGGGAUGAUAUUAUACCUGAAAAUGUUCGGAAAACAAUAGCUGAACAGGAGAAAAAUAAAGAAAUGGAAGACCUAUACUUGCCUCCUAGGAGAAAGAAUCUGCAAUCUAAUAACGAUACUAGUGCUGAAGGUCGUAAGCGUCGUGGUCGUGGUUCGGCAGAAGGCGGUGAUGGCGCCGACCUAGAUGGUGACGCUGAGAGUGAUGGAUCCGAUGGAGGUUCUGAUGAUGACCGGCCACGCAAGAGAGGAAGACCUCCAGCAUCACACAGAGAGAAGAUCAAAGGGUUCACUGAUCAAGAGAUUAGAAGAUUUGUUAAGAGUUUCAAGAAGUUUUCGGCGCCACUGAAGCAUCUUGAUAGCAUAGCGUGUGAUGCAGAACUGCAAGAAAAACCUCUGGCAGAACUCAAAAAACUGGGAGAAAUUCUACAAGAAAGAUGUAAGGCGGUGCUAAAUGAAACGGCAGAUACAGCAAACGAACAAACAGAGGGCCGCAAAAAUGCAAGAAAGACAUUCAAACUCGGUGGAGUUCCUGUCAAUGCCAAAACGAUGGCCGCCUGCCAGGAUGAACUUGCGGCGCUGGACGUCUUCUUGCCCGACACUAAAGAAGAGAGGUUAAAGUGGCAAUUAGAUUUCAGGACAAGACCAGCUAACUUUGACGUUGAAUGGAGUGUAGCAGAUGACUCAAAAUUACUGGCAGGAAUAUACCAAUACGGUAUGGGUUCAUGGGAAGCUAUAAAAAUGGAUUCAUCAUUUGAGAUUGGAGACAAAAUACUCACUAACGAAGAUAAGAAACCUCAGGCAAAACAUUUACAAUCACGCGCCGAGUAUUUAUUGAAACUAAUUAAGAAAUUGUUAGACCAGAAGAAUGGCAAGCAAAAACAGAGGAAGCCUCGGACUAAACGGGGUCAGAAAGAGCCAGUUACUAAAGACAUAGUGGAAGAUGAUGGUAGCUCUCCAGAUGAGAAUAAGAAAAAUAAUAAGACUGGUAAAAAUGAUAAACAGGAUAAGAAUAAAUCGAAGUUAGAUGAUAUUUUGACACAUGAUGAAGCUUCAAAUGAUAGGAAAGAUAGAGAUAAAAAACGCACAAAGAGAGACAGCAACAGAAAAUCUGACAAAUUAAAACCUCGGAAUAAGAAACCUGCUGGUCCCAUGCAUUUUACAGCUAACAAUGAGCCAAGAGCAUUGGAGGUUCUUGGUGACCUUGACCCAUCAGUUUUUGAAGAGUGCAAAGAAAAGAUGAGGCCUGUCAAAAAGGCCUUACGAGCUCUAGACAAUCCAGAUCAAACAUUGUCGGAAGCUGAUCAAGUUGCUAGAACGAGAGCUUGUCUAACGCAAAUAGGAAACCAAAUAGACAUAUGUGUAGAUGCAUAUCCUGAUCCUGAAAAGAAAGUAGAGUGGAGAAGUAAUCUCUGGUAUUUUGUGUCGAAAUUCACAAACUUUGACGCAAAGCAGCUUUAUAGGUUAUAUAAAUAUGGACUGAAGAAAAAUGAAUCGUCUAGUAAGAAAGAUGGCAAACAUAAAGAAAAUGUUAAGAAUAAUAAGAAUAAUCACAAUAGUAAUCAUGUAAAAUCCUAUAAAAAAGAUGGAAAAGCAGAUAAUGCAAACGAUAAAAAAGAGAAGAGGCCUAAAACAGAUCGCGAUAAAAUAGACAAACUAAACGACAAAACUCCACAUACUUCUGGCAUUAAGAGAAAGUUAGAAGAAGGAGAGUGUGACCCGGAACCUAACGAAAAUAAACGUCACGAAAGACAUAAACACAAGCACAAGGAUCGCAAGGAUAGGGAUAGGAGCAGGAGCCUGAAGCGGGACGAUUUGAUGUACAGAGAGCGGAGCCGGACGGAGCGGGAGCGGGAGCGAGACCGCGACAGGGAGCGCGACCGAGACCGGGACCGAGAGCGCGAGCGGGACCGCGACCGAGACCGUGAGCGAUCUCGUACGCGUCGCGACAGUGGCGGCCUGGGCAGCGCGCGCUCGCGCCCGCCCUACUCCAUGGCGCACCCGCACCCCGAGCACCCGGCGCACCCCGCCUGGACGCCGCCCGCCUACCCCGGCCCGCGCCAGUACCGCACGGACCGCACUCCGCGUCCUCACGACAAGAGGAGCAGGUACAGCAGCUUCGGUGCAGUGCCGGGCCCAUACAGCGCUUACUAUGACAGCGCUAGUAUGCCGGGGAGUAUGGGCUUCCCGCCAGUGCGGCCGUACCCGGACGAGUGGCGUGGGUACACGCAAGCUGAGUACGCGUACGAUGAGCGGGACUACGAGCGGGAGGUGUACCGGAGAGAUUACGAUCGCCGCGCACCUCCCACGUAAAGUUUCGGUUCCGUCUCCUGUAAAUAACUCUGUAUUUGUAAAUAAUAGACUAGAAAUCUCUUGUCGAGAAUGCUGGUUUAACCGUGAAGUGUAAAGUUUAAGUGACAAAAAGUGCUGUGGUUUUUAUCUAUGUGAUAAGCGAAAGCGCAUCGAUAUAAAAUGAGACAUUAAUAGUGACAUUUUAUAAGUAAGACUGUAUAGUAAAUUUAAUUUAUUGCCGAAUCUGUCUAUUGUUAGUGUACAGAAUUUAGAAAGAAAUACCAUUAAUUUUUAUAAUGUUCCAAUUUAGUCGCAGUCGUAAUGUUUUAUAAUGUCUAAUCCAAUUAUCUAUUUAUUU